AUGCAGCUAAUCCUUCCCUAGCAAGUGCAAACCCUGCAAGACUACCAUCAACAGCAACAUCUACAUCAUCUAAAACUCCUGCCACUAUUGCAUCUAUUUCUAAUGAUAAUCAGCAAGGUACAGGGGCUACAGCAGAUGGUGUCAUUGCUUGCUGAUAUGGAAGCAUGUGGAGAGUGUUGAUAUGGUACUACUGGGGUGAGAUGGCUGGCUGUGAUUCUUAGUGUUGAUGCAGAUGUAGAUUAGUCGAUUAUUAAUGGUUGUGUUGAAGUAGUCUAGUAUUUGUAAUACAUCUCUAGUCUGUUUUACCCCACAGUAUUUUGUGCAGCUGAUGAUAAGGCAUUAUUGUGUGCUCCGAAAUUCUCUUCAGAGUGGUGCUUCUAGAUGUGUCAAGGUCCUCUGCAGUUAAAAUGUUUGCAGUUUUUCCAUAACCAUGGAACUUGCUCACACAACUAUUGCAGUGAUAGCUGUUUAUAUACAGGUUCUUCUACUUCUUCUAUUAUCUACCUUCAUCCUAACUGAGAAUUGGGUUCCAGCAUUUCUCCUGCAGUUCAUUUACAUAGUCUUCAAAGUUCUCAUGCUCAGUCCUUGCCAGUCACAAUUUUCUGAAAAAAAAAACAAAGAAAGUAUUCACUGCAGAAGACCAUAAUUUACAGCCUGCAUUUAUGGUUGUUUGGGGAACUUCAUGCCAUGACAUUUUUAUAUGAUUAAAUGCAUCUACAAUGUUAAAUUCAUGCCAGAACUUAUGGCACACGAGUCUUGAAGAUGUCGUCCAUUGCUGGGAUGAGUUUGUCUAUUACCUUGCUUAGGAAGAAGCACUUUAAUUGUCUUAAUAAUUAUUCAGUCCAGUGGCUGUUUCAGUGAUUUCACAUUGGGUGGUAAAAAACAACCUUUUGCAUUUAGGUUCAUAUAUUGCAAGAUUUGAGGAUAGCUAAAAGAACUCUCAAGAGUGGCAAACAUUGAACACAGGAUGCUUUUUAGCCAGGUAGAUCUUGAAUACAGGAAUAAAAUUUGUUUGAAUCAUUCAACAAACAGGACCUGGAUCAUCCAUGCUAAAUAAUAGGCAAACAGUUUCUGUUGUGACCUUUUAAAGUAUGAAUCUGCACUAUAAAUUAGCAUAGGCUUGCAUUGAAAUCACUUGUUGAAUUAUUGUUGAGAAGCAAGCUGAAGAGAUCUUUAGCUGACUUGAAACUAGGUGUAAAUUUUUCUUGAUUGUAAUGUAAGCUCUUGAUAGCACAUGCUUUCAGAAUGCUUUGUCUCAUCAUUUAUUAAACGCUUGCUCAGGACUAAUUAUUCUCCAAAAUAAUUUGCACAAAAUCAGAAGAGAAAUUGCCUGCAGCAACAUGAUCAGAUGAUGCACUCUCACCACUCAGCUCAUUAUGAAAGAGAUUGUGCUUUUAAAGUUUGCUGAACCAUGCACCAGUAAACUUAUACUAUUGUGAAGGUUGUUCUUGUUUUCUCCUCAGUUCACAUAUUAGAUUUACAGACUUGUUUAGUUGGCUUGACCUCUUUGUCAUUCUUUUUGGCACAUCACUAGUCAUUUCACAAGCUCCUAUUUUCUUGUUACUGUUUCUGUUUUUACGAAUGGAUGAUAUUCUAAGACUAAAAGAAUAAGAAAUCUCCAUCACACAUGCUUGCCUUGCAAGCAUAUCAAAUUCUCCCUUUCUUCAGUACCAUCAGAGCCUCCUGUAUAUGUCUAUACUUAGUACCUCUAACAUCACUUAUUAUUCCUCUUGAGUUCCCUUGGUUAAUAUCCUCUUUAACCCUUAAACGGUCCAAACAGAUCGAUGUUCAAAUUCAUAGUGCUACAAAAGUAGAUCUACUUUUUUUUGCAUAUUUUCAAAUGUAACAAAAAAAUGUAGAUAAAAGUUUUUUUUACACGUUUUCAGAUGUAAAACAAAAAAGAUCUACAUUUUUUUACAUACUUUCAGAUGUUGAAAAAAUGUAUAUAUACGUUUGGACCAUUUAAGGGUUAACUGAUGGUUUACUGUAUUCAGUUUUUAAGAAUAAAAAUAAAGACAAAAAAAUUAAAAUAUGCUUUGGCAGUCAAUUUAUAAAGGUUUUUAUAUGCUGUAUACCCACAAUGCACUACUAUCCUACGAUGAGAAUGUACAACAGGAACUUGUUAAGCAUUUUGCAUUAUGAUUAGUGGUCUUUUCAUUGUGUUGCAUAAUCUGUAGGAUACCAGGUAUAUCUUGCAAAAAAUUAUAUACAUUUAUUAUGUGCUUUAUUUUGAAUUCUCAGUCUUAAUAUUUCUUAUUUGUGUACCACCUCAUUCACAGUUCUCAUAGCUCAGGGCAAUUCAGUGUUCAUUUCCUCUUCUUCAAUUUAUUAAUUUCACCAUAUAUUGAUAUAUUAAUUGUACAACUGACUGUUGCAUAACAUGGUAGUUACAUUCCUGAAAAUGGACUGUAAUAAAAAAAUGUGUAAAAUGAAAUGAAGAACAUAUGGGAAAAUAGGGUUAUAUUCCACAAAACCCCAGACAAACCUUUCAAAUUUAUUUUAGGUCACAAAAUUGCAAAUUGUUGGUUGAUGUAGUGAUGUGUUUGUCAAAGAUCCUGUAGCCACAUUUCUACUAGCAGACAGAGUUGCCUUUUUGCUUGGUUGUCUUCCUCAUUGCAACUGCAUUGGAUUAUAUAGGAGGGAUUAGAGUGGUUGGGGUGUACAUGGGAGGGGGAUAGGGUGGUUGGGGUUUGGUGUAGGGGUGGGGGAGUGCUGGUGUGGGAGGUGGAGACCAAGCAGUGGAAGGUUGGAGUCUGGUGUUGAAAGGUGGAGGAUGCUGAGUGGUGGAGGGUUGUGGGGGCUGGAGUUUGUAAGCUAGCAGCAGCAAGGCAGUGUGGUGGUGGUUGUGUGGGUGCUAGUGUCAGUGACCUGGUGUAAGUGGUUGGUAGCUACAUGAUUAGGUGUGUGGAGAGCAUGUUAGGAUGUGUGGGUCAUGAAAGCAUGGGUAAGGUGUGGGUGUGGGGCUAUGUUGGCUUGAAGUUGUAGGGAAAUGGUAUGAGUUGAGGCUCUGUAGGGUUCAAGCCAUGGAAGGAGGUGAGCAGGUAGAUGAAAGGUGUAGUUGAGUCAGUGGCCCAGUGUAGAUGGUGGUGUGGAUAAUGGGUAGGUGAGUUUGUGGUUGGUACUGUGAACGAUGACCUUCCCUGUAAGACUUACAAGGUUUUUCUGCCUAAUCAGCCAGGCUUUCCUGGUGACUGCCUAAUCAGCCAGGUUUUCCUGGUGACUGCCUAAUCAGCCAAGCUUUCCUGGUAACUGCCUAAUCAGCCAGACUUGCUGCAGCCCUUAUGUCAAAAUAGUCAUCACAGCCUGGCUGAUAAGGCACCUGCAGUAGCUUUUUUAGUAUUAACUUGAUACCAGAAAAUUUUUCAUGUAUAUUGGUAGAGGGUGAAUAGUUCUGGACCUCACCUGUUGAGUUAGUGUUCUCUGAUUAUUCAGAACAUCCCAUUGUAUAAUAUGAAUUUUAAACUGUAUAUAAUCUUUGCACUUUGAGAUAUACAAUACUCAGUCCUUUGAAAUAUCUUAUUUAUUAGGUGGUUUAUUCUUUUCAUGUGUACUAAAAUAUUAGGGUUCAUAAAAUUCAGACUUUCACUUUCAGUUCAUUCUAAAGAUGGUUUAAUAGAUUAAGUUAGAAUUUUGUAAAUUCGUAUUUUUCAUUUGUGUGCUGCAGAAGUGUGUGAGACAUAAUGGGUUACAAGGAAAUUUAAUCAUUUUAUAAAAUGCUCUUUUGUUAAUAUUUCUGUAGUCUGUAUUAAGAGAGUUUAUCUAAACUAAUAAAAAUCAUAACAUACCCAGGAGUUUAUAAGUUAAUUCUUAAUUCAUUUAGAUCCUUUGAAUAUAUAUAUUUGGACAUACGACGGGCUCUCUGACCAGUAUGCAUACCUAAAUAAUGUAUGUUAGAGCUGAUUUCCUCUGUUCUGUGUACUACAAUAUACAGUACACUGCUGUAUAAACAUUUAAAAAUAUACCAGAAAUGUUAUAAAUGAUACAAAGGUGACAUUAAAACAAUAUCUAAAGAUGGUUGACACAAACCCACUACCAGUACAGUAUGAUUCUCGCUUAAAGACCAAUUCAUUUACCGACCUAUUCUUAGGAAUGGAACUCUGUCCUUAAGUGCCUCUUCAAGGGGGGUUCCUUGUUGUGGUGAAGAGGCUCUUGGUCUGAGGAAUUAGACCUGUCUGUCUCCUUCCUCAGACCGAACCUAAUUACCCCCCAGUCCCCCCUUCCCUAUCCCAUCCUCCCCAUCCUCCCCUUUUUCCUUUCCUCCUCCUCCUCCCCACCUCUCCCUUUUGCCCUUCCUCUUUUUGGCCUUUGGGAUUUCUCCCACAGAUGCGCUAGUUCCUAGGUAGGGGAAAGGAUACUGGGGUCCAUCCCAUUCCGUUGAGGUUCUUGGUGGUGGCGUAGUUUGCCGUGGAAUCUGGAUCGCCUGGGGAUGUCCUGAUCCCUCUCCAGUAUCCCAGAGUGUAGCUUUGGGUGUCUUUCAGGUGACGGGUGUAUUUCUGGAAGCCUCCUUUCGGAUUCCGGGGGUGGUGGCCGAAGGAGGUAUGCUUUGUGGCGGAUAUCCAUCCGCCCUCUCUUUUGUCCACCGCUCGGCAGAUGUGAGGUUGCUAUCCCGGAUUGCUGGUUUACUGGCAUGAAGGGUAGGGUAUGGCACGGGUUUCAUGCUGCAUCUGCGCUACUGGUGCUGAGGUCCUCUUGGGCGCGGAGGGAGAUUUCCGGCCCUUUCAUUCCUCCUGGGAACUAUUCCUCCCUGCUCCCCCCUUUUUUUUAUUCUUUUUUAUUUUUAUUUUCUUCUUUCUUUUUUUUUCUUAAAAACAAAAAGCAAAGGAGUAACCUAACCAUGGAGAACCCAAUCCAUGAACCCACUACCCCCGGGCCCCUUCUUGAUACCACACCCCAUUCUGACCCUGCCUUGUUUUUAGACCACUCUUCGGACACUCCUGAUGCCCCUGUACCUCUUGCUGGUGCUGUUUCCUCAUCGGCUUCAGGUACCUGGGCUACGACUGACUCCUUCGAUUUGUCUGACCUCCGCUCUCCUUUGACUAUGCUUCCGGCCUCUCCCUCUACGGUACAGCAAUUUUCGAAUUGCCAGCCCGUUUCACGACAGACCAACUCCGGUCCUACUCCUAAACGCCAGCGUCAAUCUUCUGAUGAUGUUCCUUCGUUACCUUCCCAUUCUACUCGGAAACAACCGACAGGUCAUGCACUCCCUCUCCACGCUCAGUUUCGGACCACACAAUGGACUAAAUUCUUUACUUUAAGACCAACUUCUAAUUCUGCCUAUCUUUCUGACCAUAGUAUUGGCAAAGUGCUCCUGCGUCAUGUUGGUAGAGAUAUUUCAUUUCAUGCUCUCAAGAGCGGUACGCGCAUUGUCACUGUCCAGAAUGCUACCCAAGCUCAUGAUCUUUCUCUCCUUUCGCAUAACGAUACUACUCCUAUCACUAUUGAAAAACAUCUUUCUCUCAAUUCUUGUAGUGGUACUGUCAUUCUGCCCCAUACCAUAGUCCAACAGAAUUUCCAGUCAUGUGGCAAUGACAUUCUUGAACAGCUGGAACUCCAGGAUCUCCCAAUCCUCAAAGUAGACAUGUCCUUCCUGCCCGCGGGCGGAGACGUUACCCUUGCAAUGUGGCUCGAUUAACUUUCGACAGCCGUGAACUCCCGUCUUCUGUUUGUCGCAGGACAUCGAUUACAAGUUUGACAGGUGAUCCCUACACCGCAACAGUGUAGAAAUUGCUGGCGUUUUGGUCACCCAGCAAAAUA